GAGUGACGUUCCUAGCGCCAGCUGUCAGACGCUAGUGUCUUUCCUAGCGCGUUAUGUUGAGAUUUUCAUUAAUUUGUAUAUGUUUAAGUCCCUAUUGUAAUAUCGCCAGCAAGGGAUUUAAAUUAAGCUCGGAUGAACAGAUGUGCAAAUAUCGGUUUCGUCUUUUCUAGUGUGUUUUUGUUGUGCUGUGCUCGGAAUUGAGGUAGCUCCUGCUAGCUAGCUUGUUGUUAGCUGCGGAUAAAUCUGGUGCAGACAGGUUCUGCUCUGCAGACAGCUUCUCUUGUUUGGAAGUCAUUGUUCACGGGCGGAAAAGUUACAUCGUGUGCAACGACUCGAAUCACCAUGCGGUUUUUAAAUAACUUAUUGCGAAUAAUUAUUGCUUUAAACAAACGUGCUUUCGCAGAAUUAUGAAUUUAAAUCGGUAACUAGGGGUCAGUAGAUUAUUUAGAUGUAAAGUCACCCGGAUACAUUUUAUCUUACUUGACCUCAUUUGUUGUAAUAUAAACUGUGUAUUUACCAAUAGCGUGGUAUAGCAACUGCUCAUUGUCAAAGCGUUUGUUUAAGUUAGCAAACAUGGAUAAGAAAUCAUUUGACAUUGUCCUGGACGAGAUAAGAAAGUGCGUCCUGACCGAUCAGCGGAUCAGAGCCAUUGAGCAGGUGCAUGGGUAUUUCUCCAGUGAGCAGGUGAUGGAAAUACUCAAGUACUUCUCAUGGGCAGAACCUCAGAUCAAAGCAGUCAAAGCUCUGCAGCACAAAAUGGUUGCAAUCCCUACAACCAAAGUCGCGAAUAUCCUGAAUUGCUUCACCUUCUCAAAGGACAGACUGAUUGUCCUGGAACUGAUAGCUUUAAACAUUUCAGAUGCUCAGAAUUAUCGCCCUGUGGAGGAUCUGUUUCGCAUACACUUGUCUGAGAAGAAGCGUGCUCGUAGGAUACUGGAACAGGUGUGUAAGGUUGGCUGCAAAGCUCCUGUAGCCAUGAUCUCCUCCUGUGGAAUGAUACCAGGAAAUCCAUACCCUAAAGGCAGACCCAGCUUGGUCACUGGCACAUUCCCUGGUAUCCCUCCCAUUAAAAAAGAAGGCGAGAAGAAAGACGACACCUCAAACAGCAUGGAGGGGAAAGGAAUCGCUUCCCGGAUUAUAGGACCAUUCAAACCUUUUCCGUCGUCCUACAACCCUCAUCGGCCUGUUCCUUACCCUAUACCGCCGUGCCGACCCCAUGCCACCAUCGCACCAAGUGCGUACAACAACGCAGGCCUUGUUUCUAUGGGAGGGGUUAUAACAGCCAGCGUGCCCCCUCCCCCCUACAACUCCACCCACAAAGUAGCAGGUUAUACCAAACCAGGCAAUCCGCAAAACACCACACCUGGAGUCAACAGCGGGCCCCUCCUCAUUCCUCAUGGCUCCACACCUUCUACCCCUGUCCCACCCCAGGCUUCUCCUGCCCAGCCGCCUCCCACAACCCCCAUCACACCAGUUUUCCCCGGAAUGGUGCCCUCUCACAACCCCAAUGCCCCCUCGCCUUCCCCUGCUCCCUCCCCGUCUGUAAUCAAAGCAGGACCACAGACCCCCAGUGGGCAUGUUACACCUACACCCUCAUCUGUCAUUAAAGCCCACACCCCCUCAGGCACUCCUUGUGGAACUCCAGUCCCUGGCAGCGGGCCCUUCUCUUCCCCCUUCCAUGGCGUUUCCCGACCAGGCACUCCCGCCACCUCGCGCAGCGGCCCAGACUCCCUGUCUCAGACGAACUCCAUGGGCGCUACUCAGUCGAAGGUCUACGCCCAGUCCACAGACCACCAGUCAGGACUUGUGUUUCCUGGCAUUCACCCACAAACAGGUAACCCGUCUGGGUCAGUGAUCCGAAGUUACACCCCCUCUGGACCACCGUGUCUCACUCCUGGAUCUUCCACUCCAGUAAUUCCGAGCUGUUCCACCCCAGGUCCCAGUCCCAAACCCUCCCCUGCCCAUCAUGCACAGGCUCAGGCUGUCAUGGCUGGAGCCCUGAACAGACACGCUGGGGGUAGUAGCAGUGGCAGUAACAGCCCCGUGCCCUCUGCUUUUAAGGGAACCUCUCGCUCUGGCACGCCGUCUGUUAGCUCACUGGUGGCACCAGGUUCUGCACAGGCUGCCCUGGCACGUUCCUUGGGUCUAUCACACCCAUCAGGUUCUCCUCAAGUCUCUCUCCCUAGUCCUGUUGCUAUCGCCGGCCUUCAAGCACUGUCUUCCAGCCCAGCACCCUCUCAUUAUCCUGGCCUGUCACCUUUUUCCUCUAUUCCUCCUUCCACCCUCCCUACAUCCAUGCCCACACUACCUCCCACUACCAACAUUUCCAACCACCCACCAACGUCCAUGUAUCCAGGCUUGGCUCCCAGUGCUACCCCAAAUGCAGCCUCUCCUUUUGGUCUAGGCCUCACCUCUGCCCCCUCUAUAUUCCCAGGCCUUACGCCUGGGCCUAACCCCACUGCCUUCCCUGGACUGGGUGUGUCAGGGGGGCAUGGUGCUGGGAGUCCUGUGCUACCUUCAUUCAUGGGAAUACCUGGGGCCACUCCGUCUUCAGUGGCGUCAGUGGCACCGCUGCAGGCAGCAGCGGCAGCAGCAGCAGUUGGGGUUCCAUCAUCAUCGCCAGUUUUACCAGGUUUUGCAUCUGCCUUCAGCUCCAAUUUCCAGCCUGGGUUGAGCAGUGGACUUCAGCCUCCAGGAAGUAGUGGCUUCCCCGGCUUGCUGUCUUUCCCCGGCGUACCAGGCUUCUCCCCCUCUGCCUCCCCUGCAGCCCUUGGUGGCCUCCACAACCCAACCAUGCAGUCUGCUUUGCUACAGGCUCAUCCUACAUCUGCUUUGGAGAGCUUUCCCCCUCAACCCAACAGUUUCACCAACUAUCCUCCAGGUCCAGGAAACCCCUUCCCCCUCCAGCCAGGCCUGCACCCCCCGUUGGGUUGGCAGUGAAACCUGCUGUACCCUUGGAAACAAUAAAUAGAUCUCUGCAGUUCACCCUGACCUACCCCUCGGCGGGCGAGGCUUUUUAUUUUUGGCCUCACACUCUGAAGACCACAGGACACAGAACAGACGGAAGAGUUUCAUUUCUGUGCGUGUUACAGCAAAAAUGGCUUCAUGAUACAAAGAACACUACUUUGGAAAAAGGUGAAAUUAUUUGUGGGGGAGAAGGCAUAUUUGUAAUAUUAUUCAUAGAGAAUAGUUGUAAAUAUCAGUUGUCGAAGUUGUUAGGUUCCACAUGUAGACUGUGACUGGUUUUGUUGUUAGCCCGACUUGCCUGUUUUUAAUAAAACUCCUAAACACUUAUUAAUGAAUUAUAGAAAAUUUGACAAAAUCUACAUGAUAUCAUGUAAUGAUUUGACAGUAUCCUGAUAGAGUAUUUCAUGUCCAUUCUCAGAGGAAAUGUUAUGAACUUGCCCUGAAUCCCUGAAAAUAUUGUGACAUGAACUUUUUCGCUGACUUAUAUUAUAUGAAGUCACAUUUUGAAGUGGGCAUACCAUAAAUAUAUUUUAUCACUUGUUUCAGGGCUUAGAGUGUUGACCACAAGAACUUGCAUUUGGCAGCUCUACUCAUGUUUUGUGUUUUUAUUUUUUUUAAUAUUUGUUGCUGUCGGCAACUAACUGUGAUUUGCAUUUUUUUUUAUGUUUACAAAGUUCUUUUGACAAACGUGACACUGCUAGUGUUGUAACUGCAGUGUCUGAUGAGAUACUGUGUGCAGAUGUUUUCCAACUACAUGAAGCUUUGUUGGAUUGAUUUGUGGACUAUGAUAUAUAUGACUAUGACGUUUUUCUUCACAAACUGAGUGAAACCUGUACUUCAUUUGCUGUAAAUGUCUGUAGUAAUCUUACCUACAGAGGUUAACUCACAGACAGUUACUGUAUUAUUUGAGAAUAAUAGACAUUUAGUUUGUUACACUGUUGGUUUUGUUUUCCCAUUUUUGUAUUUUGUUCUUUUUUUUUUUUGGUUCCUUUUUUUUUACUUUGACAGUGAACUGCUGGUUGCUGUAGUAUCUGUAGUCUAUGUGAUGCCACGACUAUCAGGCACUUCUUAAAUAAAAUUACUGAAGCUGAAAAACUUAA